CUCUCUCUCUCUCUCUCUCUCUCUCUCUCUCUCUCUUAUCUUUCUACCACAUCAGAAACUUGAAGUUGAAUGUCCUGCAAAGUUGAGGAGCUGUGCAGUGCCAUGAUCUGAUCCGGACAUGGAAGGCGAAGCCGGCGGAUCCCGACGGCCCAACUUCCCUCUCCAGCUCCUCGAGAAGAAGGAAGAAGACUCAUGCUCCAGCUCUGCUUACCCUUCCUUGGCCAUAUCCUCCACCACCGCCGCGGCCGAGCUCGCAGUCGAUCGGCUGAGGAAGCCGCCGCCCAAGCGGACCUCCAACAAGGACCGCCACACCAAGGUCGAGGGCCGCGGCCGCCGGAUCCGGAUGCCGGCCCUCUGCGCGGCCCGCGUCUUCCAGCUCACGCGCGAGCUCGGCCACAAGACCGACGGGGAGACCAUCGAGUGGCUGCUCCAGCAGGCUGAGCCCGCGGUGAUCGCGGCCACCGGCACCGGAACCAUCCCCGCCAACUUCACGUCGCUCAACAUCUCCCUCCGCAGCUCCGGCUCCAGCGUCUCUGUGCCCUCCCACCUCCGCGCCGCUAACUACUUCAACAGCGUGGCGGCUGCUCUCCCCGGCACGUCCCUCCGAAUCCACAACGAAUGGGAACGUGGAGGCGGCUCCGCGUUCCCCACGGAGGGCCCGUCGUCGUCGUCCUCGUCCUUGCUUCUCAAUUUCAACUCAUGCAAUAUCGGCCUCGAUGCGUCGUCGGAGGGCGACAUCGGAAACAUACGUAAACGUCGAUGGGAGUCGGAGCUUCAUCAACAUCAACUGCAGCCGGUGCAGCAUCAGAUGGCGGGCUACAGCCAAGCAAGCCAUGGGCAGAUGCCAGGAACGGUGUGGAUGGUCACAAACCCUAACACACAAGACAUGGUGGGUGGUAACAGCCAGUCUAUAUGGACAUUCCCUCAAGUGGGAAGCACCACCAUGUUCAGAGGCUCUAUGUCCAGUGGCCUGCAUUUCAUGAACUUUCCUACGCCCAUGGCUCUCCUGCCGAGCCAGCAGCUAGGUCUGGGUUCCGGCGGCGGCGGCGGCGGCGGAGGCGAGGGCCACAUGGGAAUCCCUUCCGCCCUCAACAUGUACCGGUCGCCGAGUACCUCCGAGGCGAUGCCGUCCGCGUCCCAACAAGGGCACCGAGACUGCGAACGACACGACACGAUGAGCACCAGCGAUUCCUAGGCCCUUCUCACAACCAUGCAUGCACUUAUCUUCUUCUUCUGGCUAAACAUUUUGAUCCACUCGGAUGAUCUUUGGUUCUCAUAUUUGUUUUGACCACAAAAACCUACGUUCUGGCAAUACAAAUGCAAGUCAUUUCUUGGUGUG